AUGCCCAUCGAGGAGCAGGUGGUGGUGGUGUACGCCGCAACAAAGGGCUACCUCGACAAGGUGUCCACGUCUGACAUCACCGCGGCCGAGGCCGCCAUCCUGAAGCACGUGGACCCCGCCAUCUACAAGGUCCUGCGCGCCAAGCAGAAGAUCACCCCAGAGCUCACUGCCCACCUCCACGCGCAGCUGUCCUCGGUGCCGCUGCCCGGCCAGUGA